AUGGUGGAGUGGGACCAGCUUUUAAAAGUCUGUCUGGGGCAGCAGCUGUGGCCUGGCCUGGCUGAGGGGAGGCUGCAGGCAGGCACAAUAACAAAGGACUGGCCACAGGCACUGCUGCCCUGGGGCACUCCACGCCUGCACAAGAAGAGCCUUGGACUUCUCACCAAGUUCAUGUUACUUCUGCAGGAAGCAAAGGACAGCAUGCUUUACCUCAAGCUGGCAGCUGAUACCCUAGCUAUUCACCAGAAGUGGCAGAUUUGUGAUAUUACCAAUGUGCUGGAAGGUAUCAGGCUGAUUGAGAGAAAAUCUAACAACAGCAUCCAGUGGAAAGGUGUGGGGCCUGGCUGCAAUACUAAGGAGAUUGCUGACAAACUGACUGAGCUCAAGGUAGCGAUUGAGGAACUACAGCAGCGGGAGCAAGAACUGGACCAACACAAUGUGUGGGUGCAGCAGAGCAUCCAGAACAUCACAGAAGAUGUGCAAAAAAGCUGCUUGGCCUACAUCACUCAUGAGGACAUCUGCAGUUGCUUUGCUGGAGACACACUCCUGGCCAUCUGGGCCCCAUCAGGCACCAGCCUGGAGGUGCCCAACCCAGAGGACCUCAAUGGGCAGAAGUAUCAGAUUCACCUGAAGAGUGUGAGUGGCCUCAUCAAGAUGCUGCUGGUGAACAAGGAGGCCUGGAGCUCAUCCCCUGUGGCUGUGCCCAUGCCACCACAAGAAGAUCUGCUCCAGGGCGCACCUGCUAAAUCUACCCCUCUUCCUCUGCCCAAGCCUGCCCUGGCCCAGCUCCAGGAAGCCUCACACCCAAGCAGUCCCCAGCUGACCACCCCCACCCCUGUCUCUGGCAGCACUGAGGCCCACUGGGUGGCCAGCCCAGCAGCUGAGAGCACAGUGAGUAGAGGCUGUGUAACCGACAGCAAGGACAGUGGUGAGCUCAGCUCACUCAUGCUGGGCCUGACAGCAAUGGACAUACAGCUGCUGCAGUCUUCUGCCCUGCUGUACAGCAGCAGCAACAGUAGUUCCUCUGGACUCAAUCAUUCUACCUCCUUUGAGGCCAUCAAAAUGUACCCCACAGGUGUUCUGGAACUCCCCAAAGAGCUGUCAGAACUCUUCAAUUCCACACAAAGAUGCAUGAGCUCGGAGCUCUGGAGUAGCCUGGUGCUCUCUGCAGUAUUUGCCCCACUCCUCCAUCUCUCUCCACCCCAGAGCCAUGAUUACAUCUACAAUCUGGACAAGACUGAAAGUGUCUGUGACCUUUUUGAUGUGCCUAUUCUCAACCUCUGUCUGAUAGGGACAUGCCUGGCAGCUUCUGCUUCAACACCAUCCUCGUCGUUCCGGGUCUCCUUCGACGGGCGCUCUCUGUCCCUCUACGCCGCGGUAGAAGAUGGCGCCCACAGUCCCGAGUUCACAGCCUCAGCGUCAAGCUCACUGACGAACUGGAGCGCAUCCAGCCUCCCAGAGCCGGGGCCCGCGCGUGGGUCCCAAAGCCCACUUUGUGGAACCACCCGUGGCCCCGUGAGUGGAAAGCGCGGUUCCGGAAACCAGAGAGUUGCCGCGAGCAAAGCACACCCGCCCAAGAGGUCUCUGCCCGUCCACUCCCGCCUCUCUCUCGGCUGCGCCCCCAUUUCUCUCGCGGACGGGACCCCACACGUCAGCAUCCAGCAGCUCUCUAAUGACAAGUCAGUGAAUCCUGUCAGCUCCAGUCAACCCCGUGCUUGGACCAAACCGGCGCUGACCCCCGUCCUCCGGCCUCUGAGCACCAGGCCUCCGCCCCCGCCUCACGGCGCCCGCGCGCCCGCCAAGCUUGCGCCCCGGGCCGUAGCCGCCGCCGCUCCCUUCAGCGCCCGCCCUGACCACCAGUUCCAGUCACAGGGGCGCCAGAACUACAACCAGGACUCGGAGGCCGCCACCAAGCACGGGAUCAAGGUCUACCUCUCCAUGUCUUACUAUUUUGACAGCAAUGACGUGGCUGUGAAGAACUUUAAUACAUUCUUCACCAUGAAGCUGCAGAACCGACAAGGUGGUGGGAUGUGCCUUCAGGAUAUCAAGGAACUAGAACUUGAAGACUGGGAGAAUGGGCUGAAUGCGAUCGAGUGUGUGUUACAUUAG